AUGCAACUUUAUGCUCUUUAUAAACAAGGAAGUUGUGGAGAUAAUAAUAAUUGUAAACCUGGAACUUUUGAUAUCAGGGGAAAGAAAAAAUGGGAGGCCUGGAAUGGAAAAAGAGGUCUAUCAAUAGAAGAGGCCCAAAAACAAUAUAUAGAAUUUGCUAAUAAAAUGAUUAUUAAAUAUGGACUUUGCUAA